GCCCGUUCGCCCCUACAAUAUAUCCUUUUAUAAUCAGUAGUUUAUAAUGGUUUUAGCUUCAUCUAACGCACUUGCUCAUUUGAAAACCUAUUCAUCCAAAGAUGGAUUGGAUGUUAAAAAAUUGAUUGAUUCAUCAAACUUUGGUGGAUUAACUUAUAAUGAUUUUUUAGUUUUACCAGGUUUGAUUAACUUCCCAUCCAAUGAAGUUCGUUUAGAUACUAAAUUGACCAAGAAAAUCACUUUGAAAGCACCAUUUGUUUCAUCUCCUAUGGAUACUGUUACUGAAGAAAAUAUGGCUAUUCAUAUGGCUUUAUUAGGUGGUAUUGGUAUUUUACAUCAUAAUUGUACUGCUGACGAACAAGCCGACAUGGUUAGAAAAGUCAAGAAGUACGAAAAUGGUUUCAUUAAUGAUCCAAUUGUUAUUGCUCCUUCUACUCCAGUUGGUGAUGUUAAAAAAAUGAAAUCUCUUUUGGGUUUCACUUCUUUCCCAGUUACUGAAUCUGGUAAAGUUGGAGGUAAAUUAGUUGGUAUUGUUACUUCUCGUGAUGUUCAAUUCCAUGAUGAUGAUAAAUCUCCAGUUUCUGAAGUUAUGACUAAAGAUUUAAUUGUUGGUCAACAAGGUAUUGAUUUGAGCAAAGGUAAUGAAUUAUUGAGAGCUUCUAAAAAAGGUAAAUUACCAAUUGUUGAUAAAGCUGGUAAUUUAGUUUCAAUGAUUUCUUUAACUGAUUUACAAAAAAAUCAAGCUUAUCCUGAUGCUUCAAAAUCUUUUGAUUCUAAACAAUUAUUAUGUGGUGCCGCUAUUGGUACUAUUCCGGCUGAUAGAGAAAGAUUAGAUAAAUUGGUUGAAGCUGGUUUAGAUGUUGUUGUUAUUGAUUCUUCUAACGGUUCGUCUCUUUUCCAAUUAGAUAUGAUCAAAUGGAUUAAAUCCAAAUAUCCUGAAUUACAAGUUAUUGGUGGUAAUGUUGUUACUAGAGAACAAGCUGCUUUAUUAAUUGAUGCUGGUGCUGAUGGUUUAAGAAUCGGUAUGGGUUCUGGUUCUAUCUGUAUCACUCAAGAAGUUAUGGCUUGUGGUAGACCUCAAGGUACUGCUGUUUAUAACGUUACCGAAUUUGCUAACCAAUUUGGUGUUCCUUGUAUUGCUGAUGGUGGUAUCAGUAAUAUUGGUCAUAUCACCAAAGCUUUAGCUUUAGGUUCAUCAUGUGUUAUGAUGGGUGGUUUAUUAGCCGGUACUGCUGAAACUCCAGGUGAUUAUUUCUACCGUGAUGGUAAAAGAUUAAAGUCUUACCGUGGUAUGGGUUCCAUUGAUGCUAUGCAACAAACCUCUACUAAUGCCAAUGCUUCUACUUCUCGUUAUUUCUCUGAAUCUGAUAAAGUUUUCGUUGCUCAAGGUGUUUCUGGUUCAGUUGUUGAUAAAGGUUCGAUUACUAAAUUUGUUCCUUAUCUUUACAAUGGUUUACAACACUCUUUACAAGAUAUCGGUGUUAGCUCAUUAGAUAAUUUGAGACAAGGUGUUGAUAACGGUGAAGUUAGAUUUGAAUUCAGAACUGCUUCUGCUCAAUUCGAAGGUGGUGUUCAUGGUUUACACUCUUACGAAAAGAAAUUACACAAUUAAAAUCUUCUGUAAUUACAUAAAAUUAAUUUGAUUUUAUUUCCAGUUC